AAAAAAAAAAGGCGAAUAACUUUCGUUCCUUUUUCGGCCACCACAGGCAUAUCAUGACACCAACGAACGCAGCCAUGGCAGCCUCAUCCUCUUUCAGCAAUUUUCUCUCAUUCAUUUUGCCCUCAAAACCACCUGCUCCCAAGACCCCUCCUCCUUCCCAAUUCAAUCCGUCUUCUUCUUCUUCUUCUUCUUCUUCUGCUCUUCGUUUUCCCUCUCUGACUGGCCACAACUCGCCUGACAGUUUCGCUCCUCUUGUUUCUGAAGAUGACGGAAAGCACAAUUCCUGCCUAUCGGCGGAGUUGUCCUCUGUCAUAUGCCCCUCCCUGGCUUAUUCUAACACUCUCUUCUUCAGAUCAGCCUACAAUGUGCAGGUUAUCGUUGCGGAGAACGAGUCCGAGGAGAGGCUCCUCAACAGGUUCCGUAGAGAGGUCAUGAGGACCGGUCUCAUUCAGGAAUGCAAGCGCAGGAGGUUCUUCGAGAGUAAGCAGGACGAGAAGAAGCGCAAGUCCCGCGAGGCUGCCAAGCGCAACCGCAGAAGGCCACGCCAAUCAAGAUUUUCAACAGAGAGUAAGCCGGAAGUCCCGACGACAACCAAGAAGGAAGAGGAUGAUGAUAACUGGGAUAUGCCCGAAGAAGACACUCCAUACUGACCUCAUUAUCCCCUAUAUCUGUAAACACCUUCAAAUUUGGUUUUGAGAGCGUUUUCCAGCACGUAAGUUCUAUGUAGAAAAUUUGCUCCUUGGACUGAGUUAAUGGAUAAUUUGAUUUAUGUUUUGUCGGAUAAAAUGCAUGUUAAUUCUUCCA